GAGUAAAACGAACCUAUAGUCUGUUGUAGUUGUGUAACUUGUUCGCUGAUUGUGUCGUACGUAUAUGCGCCUUGUGAAAAAUGUAAUUUGAAUCAUUUGUAUUGGUGUGAAUUGUGAUACGAUAAUUAUAAGCAGAAUGGCUUAUAGGUUUCUACCAUCCGGAAGAAAGUUAGAGAGGUAUUUGUGGAAUGGCUUGAAAAGAGCCAGAUUUGACAAAAAUUUGCUAGAAAAAAAUCUGAGCUACCUGCACGCAGCUCGGGCAGUGCCGAGCCUGGAAGUCAUUCUGCACGAGUGGAAACAGUUCUGCUCUAAGCCUCCGAAAGGUUUUGAAAAGUUCUUUGAGCCAGCCGGGGCAAAGAAAGCAAAGCAGUCAACCGAAGAGCCUGCGAAGGAAGGGAAUAAAGAUGCUCCAAAACAGCAGGCCCCGCCCCAGUCUACUCCUCCUCAGCCAUCGCGCACUGCAGGCCAGAGCACGAAGCCGUUUGACCAGUGGUCGUUCGGAAUGUUCGGUGGCCAAAGCAGAGGCAGUAGUUCUGGCUCGGGAAAGUUUGGUGACGGAGGAGAGAGGGAAAGAUGGAUCAUAAUUGGAAUAAUGGGCACAGUGAUCCUGCUGGGCACGGUGGCCUUCUACGAGAUGGGCUACAAAGAAAUUGCUUGGAAGGAGUUUGUGAAUAACUACUUGUCGAAAGGUAUUGUCGAGAAACUAGAAGUGGUAAACAAGAAAUGGGUUCGAGUCCGUCUGUCUCCAGGCAACUCUGUAGAUGGCUCUAGUAUUCUUUGGUUCAACAUUGGUAGUGUUGAUUCUUUUGAACGCAACCUUGAAAAUGCUCAAAUGGAAAUGAACAUUGAGCCUCCAAAUUUUGUUCCAGUCAUCUACAAGAAUGAGCUAGAAGCUGCCAGUAUCACUGGUAUUUUGCCUACGUUACUCAUCAUAGGGUUCCUUAUUUACAUGAUGCGGCGCUCAGCUGAGAUGAUGGGUGCUCGAGGGAGGGGCAAAGGAGGAGGCCUAUUUGGUGGUGUCAUGGAGUCAACUGCCAAACUGAUUAACUCAAGCGAUAUUGGCGUGCGAUUUAAGGAUGUUGCAGGUUGCGAGGAAGCAAAAAUUGAAAUCAUGGAAUUUGUGAAUUUUUUAAAGAACCCUCAGCAAUACAUUGACCUUGGGGCAAAGAUUCCGAAAGGUGCUAUUUUGACAGGCCCACCGGGUACAGGAAAAACACUCUUAGCCAAAGCAACUGCUGGUGAGGCUAAUGUUCCUUUCAUUACUGUUUCUGGCUCGGAGUUCCUGGAAAUGUUUGUUGGUGUUGGUCCGUCGAGGGUGAGAGAUAUGUUUGCGAUGGCCCGCAAACACGCUCCUUGCAUCUUAUUCAUAGAUGAAAUUGAUGCGGUCGGCAGGAAGCGUGGCGGUAGAAGUUUCGGAGGACAUUCUGAGCAGGAGAACACACUCAAUCAACUUUUAGUAGAAAUGGAUGGUUUCAACUCUGCCACAAAUGUUGUGGUUAUGGCAGCGACCAAUCGUGUGGACAUUCUGGACAAAGCACUUCUUCGACCGGGCCGGUUCGACCGGCAGAUAUAUGUGCCAGCGCCAGACAUCAAGGGUCGAGCUUCAAUAUUCAAGGUCCACUUGGGCCCUUUAAAGACAAGUUUGGACAAAAUGGAUCUGGCAAGGAAAAUGGCUGCGCUGACACCUGGUUUUACAGGUGCAGACAUUGCGAAUGUGUGCAACGAGGCAGCGUUGAUUGCAGCCAGGGACCUGAAGAACGAGAUUGUGUUGAAGCACUUUGAGCAGGCGAUUGAGCGGGUUGUGGCGGGCAUGGAGAAGAAGACAAACGUACUCCAGCCAGAGGAGAAGACGACGGUGGCGUACCACGAGGCUGGGCAUGCAGUUGCUGGCUGGUUCCUGGAGCACGCAGAUCCUCUUCUCAAGGUGUCGAUCAUUCCUCGCGGAAAGGGCCUGGGCUACGCCCAGUACCUGCCUAAGGAGCAGUACCUGUACACAAAGGAGCAGCUGUUUGACAGGAUGUGCAUGACACUCGGAGGUCGCGUCUCCGAGGAACUGUUCUUCGGGAGAAUCACCACUGGGGCGCAGGACGAUCUCAAGAAGAUCACUCAGAGUGCGUAUUCUCAGAUUGUGCACUUCGGCAUGAACGAGAAGGUGGGCAACGUGAGCUUCGACAUGCCGCAGCAGGGAGAGAUGGUGCUCGAGAAGCCGUACUCUGAGCAGACGGCCCAGCUGAUUGAUGCAGAGGUGCGGGAGCUCAUACAGAGGGCUCACCAGCACACCACGCAGCUGCUCACCGACCACAGGAAGGACAUCGAGAAGGUUGCCGAGCGGCUGUUGAAGAAAGAGAUACUAACUCGUGACGACCUUAUUGAACUCCUUGGCCCACGACCAUUCCCGGAGAAGUCGACGUACGAGGAGUUUGUGGCCGGCACCGGCUCGUUCGAAGAGGACACCACGCUGCCAGAGGGACUGAAGGAGUGGAACAAGACCCACGACCAGGGCAAGGAGCAACCCACCCCUCCGGGGCAGUCUAGUCCCCCGCCUCCACCCGCUCCCAAAGUGGAACAGGGUCGAGCCUGAGAAGACUGAAAAUCGGGACUGAAGUGUUUGAUCGGAGUUGCAACUAUCAGCAAAAGAAUAGAAUUAAUUGUGCAUCACUGCAAGAGGCAAUUGAGCCACCAAAUUAUGCCUAUUAUAGUUGAAGUAUUGCCAACAUCUAUUUAUUGUAAAGUAUGAAUAUUUGUUGUUAAUAAACAAUUUUUUUGUAA